GAGCGCAGAUGCAGAGAGAGUGAGAGAGAAUAUGGCUUUUCACUUUGUAGUUAAGUUGGUGAUUUUAUUGCUAUUGCAACCGUGGCUAAUUACGGAAGCAAUAACACUGCCAAAAAGUCCAAAAAUGGCGAAGCCUAAUUGUACUGAUAGAUGUGGGAAUGUUAACAUCCCAUACCCAUUUGGAGUAGAAGAUGGGUGUUUUUUUAAUGAGUCGUUUAGAGUGACUUGCAAUAAAACCAUUGAUGGAGGUCGGAAGCCUUUCAUUAGUAGUAUUAAUCUCGAACUACUCAAUGUUUCGUUUUCCUUUGGCACGGCUCGUGUUUUGAAUCCAGUGACGAAAUUCAAUUGUAGCAAAACCGAUAACAGCAUUCCUUUCCCUAUCUAUCUGGAAAGUGGCAACAGCCCAUUUUUCUUCUCAAAUGGCUACAACAGGUUCGCGUUUCUAGGCUGUCGCAAAUGGUCGACCAUUGUUCAUAAUCAAAAUACUAUUGGAGGCUGCCUGUUGGCCGAAUGUAGUGAUAAGGCUCAUGUCGAUGGCUGCCAUAUUAGAAUUCCUCCAACUAUCACUUAUUUUGUUGCAAAUCAGACUAAUCCUUGUGGUAAAGAUAUUGACGACAACAUUGAUGGAUGCGGAUCUGCCUUCAUGAUUGCCGAUGACAUGUUAAAACGGGACGAUUCUAUUCCUGAUGAGAUUAUAAAUCAGACGCAUGUUCCAGCAGUGCUGCAAUGGAGCAUCCCAAUAAACGGCAUGUGCAAUUGGAAAAAAGGUUCAAACAGCUUUUGUGAUGGAGAUGGUGAUCAUUGUUGGAGAAACUUAAGCUCCACUCAUUUUUGUGUUUGCAGCAAGUCUAAGAAAGACGGUACACAACUUUCUGAAUUCCGAGGCUUUGGCAAAUUUGCGGAUUGGAAACAUAACUUUUGUCAGAUGCUUUGUUUAACCAAUCCUGGAAAAUUUCAUUGUACUUGGCCAUGUCCUGAUGGAUAUGAAAGUUACACCAACGCAAAAGAUCACUGUUAUCCCAAGGAUUUAGGCGAACUUUUAAGCAAAAAAUCUCGGACAAAGACAAUCAUUAUAGGUUGCAGUACAGGUAGUGGCACAAUAGUUCUGCUAAUUGGUGCAUUUUGGUGCUGGAAAGUAGCAAAUAGAAGAAAAAACGUCAAGCUGAAGCAAAACAACUUCAAAAGGAAUGGCGGUUUACUCCUGCAACAAAAAUUAUGUUCUCAUGAAGGAACAGUUGAAAUGAUAAGAUUGUUUACAUCAGAGGAAUUGGAGAAUGCCACUGACAACUAUAGUGCUCAUAGAAUCCUUGGCCAAGGAGGGCAAGGAACUGUUUAUAAAGGAAUGUUGGCAGAUGGAAGCAUUGUGGCUAUCAAGAAACCGAAAAGGGUGGGUAUUGGAAAGAAAUUUGAUGAAAAGAAACUUCAGGAAUUCAUUAAUGAGAUGAUAAUUUUAUCGCAAAUUAAUCAUAGAAAUGUAGUUAAAUUAUUAGGGUGUUGCUUGGAGACUCAAGUUCCAUUAUUGGUGUAUGAGUUCAUCAUUAAUGGAACUUUGUCUCAACAUAUUCAUGAGAAGAAUGAAGAAUUAUUCCCAAUCAGAUGGGAGAUGCGCCUUAGAAUUGCGGUGGAUGUUGCCAAUGCUUUAUCAUAUAUGCAUUCAUCAGCUUCGGCUCCUAUUUAUCAUCGAGACAUAAAAUCCAGCAACAUACUUUUGGAUGAUAAAUACAGAGCCAAAGUGUCGGAUUUCGGAACAUCAAGGUCGAUUACAUCUGAACAAACUCAUCUGACCACUCAGGUACAAGGAACAUUCGGAUACUUAGAUCCUGAGUAUUUCAGGUCGAACCAAUUUACAGAGAAGAGUGAUGUUUAUAGCUUUGGAGUUGUUCUUACUGAGCUAUUAACAGGGCAAAAACCUCUAAUCUCUUCAAGCCAAACAGAGGAAGUAAGAUCCUUGGCAGCUUGUUUCUUGCUUUCAAUGGAAGAGAACUCGUUGUUUGAUAUUCUUGAUCAAAGUGUAAUGAAAGAUGGUUCACAGAAAGAGAUUACAGCAGUUGCUAAGCUUGCAAAAAGAUGCUUGAAUCUUGAUGGAAAGGAAAGACCCACAAUGAAAGAAGUUGCAAUGGAGCUGGAGUUGAUUCGAGUGUCGAAAGAAGCUCAUGCAAUUCAAAAAGAUGAGGACAAAGCUUCUUCUUCAACCAAUUACAAGCAGUAG